AAAAGGGAGAGAAGAAGAAGAAGAGGAGGAGGUUAAGGAAGGAGGCGAACAAGGUGAAUCAUUCAACGACUCGCUGUCUGUUCAUACAAGGUUUGCAUUCUGACCUGCAGGCCAAUGUAAGUCGUGUUGAGUGACUGCGUGUGAAAGAGGUAUUGAAGCUCAGUUCAUAUUAUUUUUACCUGUCGAGUUCAUUAAAGAAAUGGGCUUUUAAGGGCUGAUUAAAUGUCAAGAAUCCAUUUUUGUGUUCCCUGCAACAACUACUGGUACGUUUAGAUUCCUGGGUAUGACACAUGAGAGUUUAUUACAACAUCAACAAUUGCAAUGGGGGAAUACUUACUUCAUAUUUGAUGGCAGCACAAAAAUAUAUUCUUGACUCGGCUUGCAUGGAGGAUGCUGGGAUAACAUCUUCACUCAUGAGGGCUUUUUCUCUGGUGACCUCAGGUACUUGGGUGUUAGCUGCAGCUCUUAGGGACCAUUACCAUCCUCAUGUCCAAUGGAGGAGGCUUUUACGGACGCACUGAGCGUGUCCGCCAGUCGCCAUACUAUGACCAGGUGCCACUGGGCUCCUUACCGCGAGCCGACUCCUACGAUCCACAUCCGCUGAGAGAGCAGAGAGACACUCGCCUCGCUCAGAGCGCCGAUCCCCUCCCUCCUCCGCCUCUGCCUGACCAGCCCCCCGUGGGCCCCGAGUUAAAUCCCAGCGGCAGCGAGGACAACGUGGACCCGGACCACGACCCCGCCCUUGACAUUAAACCUGUCCACCGCUUCAUCCCCGACUCCUGGAAAAAUUUCUUCAGAGCAAGUAACCGCAGCAGCAAGCAGGCGUGGUCAAUGCCUGACUCGUCAUGUAACAACAACAAUAGCACCAGUGACGGGGUGCGUUGCUCUCCUCCACAGUCCCCUGUCCCUGGAUCCUACCGAGAUCCUUUCGGGGGCUCGGGAGGCAGCUACAACUCACGCAAGGAGCUUCUGGAGCUACGGGACGGCAAUGAGUCCUUGUCAGGACGCACCCACCGAACAGGUCUGACCUACAGCGAGCGGGUGGAGGAGUACCAUCAGCGCUACGACUACAUGAAGUCCUGGGCAGGGCUGCUGAGGAUUCUGGGAUGUGUGGAGCUCCUGCUGGGAGCGGCCGUGUUCGCCUGCAUCUGCGCUUACAUCCACAAAGACAACGAGUGGUUCAACAUGUUUGGAUACUCGUCCCCUGGAGGAGCGUACGGAGGGGGGAUGUAUGGUCAAGGCACAGGGGGGUCCUACUACUCGGGCCCCAAGACGCCGUUUGUGUUGGUGGUGGCAGGGCUGGCCUGGUUGGUGACUGUGAUAAUGUUGGUGCUGGGGAUGACCAUGUACUACCGCACCAUCCUGCUGGACUCCAACUGGUGGCCUCUGACAGAGUUCACCAUCAACCUGGCGCUGGCAGUGCUCUACAUGACUGCAGGCAUUGUCUAUGUUCGAGACACGACUCGCGGAGGGCUUUGCUCCUACCCGGUCUUUAAUAAUGGCAUCAACGGGGCAUUCUGCAGAACAGAGGCAGGCCAGACUGCAGCCAUUAUCUUCCUGUUUGUCACUCUGGUUGUUUAUCUGAUCGGAGCCAUGGUGUGUCUCAAGCUGUGGAGACAUGAAGCGGCACGCAGAUACCGGGAGAAAUACGGCCAGGAGAUGCGUCCCUCUGACAUAAGAGCUACACAAUCAUUGAUGGUUCCAGACUCAGCUCCCAUUCCCAAAGCUCCAGAGCAGUUCCGAGGCUCCUCAGUGGUUCCCAUCCACGCAGCUCCUAAACCCACCCCCCCUCACAUUUUGCAGGGAGCUAUACCAUCAGGACACAUUCCAAAACCUGUCAUUGUGCCUGACUACAUCGGUAAGUACCCGACGAUCCGCUCAGACGAGGAGAAGGACCAGUACCGGGCCGUGUUCAACGACCAAUACGCAGAGUACAAGGAGCUCCACGCCGAGGUGCAGGUCACCCUUAAAAAGUUUGACGAGAUGGACGCCAUGAUGCGCGGUCUGCCUCAGAACCCUUCCACACAAAUGGAGGUCGAUCGCAUUAACAGAAUCCUUCAGGAUUACCAGAGGAAGAAAAAUGACCCGACUUUCCUCGAGAAGAAGGAGCGCUGUGAGUACCUGAAGAGCAAACUGUCGCACAUCAAACAGAAGAUCCAAGAAUACGAUAAAGUGAUGGAGUGGAACGACGGAUACAGCUAGUCCUCUACCAAAUAUCUCUACCCUGCACACCUCUGAACACUAAUACAGAACUAAUAUUGAGAGCUGGGCUACUGGUGGGGAAAGUGACAUUUUAACUGGAGAGUGAACAUGACGCAUGUAAAUCUGUACUGCUGUUUCUAUCAGCAGCUUUGUAUGACUGUGUUCAUGAAGAGGGAGAAACAAAUGUGUAGACAGUUUUAUAUUUAAAGAGAUGUUUGACAUUUUGGGAAAUCUGCGUGAUUGCUUUCUGGUGUGGAGAUAGAUGAGGAAAUAGAAAUAGCUCUUAUGUUUGUGAGGUAACUUUAAAUAUACGUCCAGGAGCUUGAUUAGCAAAAAGCUUGAAAGCGAGCUCUAUCAAAAACUGUAAGAGCUCUAACAAAGUCAGCCCAUAAACACCUUCAUUUCACUAAUUUACACAGUAUAUCUUAUUCCAGUGUAAAAUGUAGUUAUGGGCAGGACUACUUCGAAAUUAGAGGCCAAGCACAUAACCCGCCAUAAAACAGAUUGGAUGUUUUUACUCGUAAUUUUACAAAUCAAACAAACAAGAUGUUAAAUGUUAAUUCAAAGCUUUGAAAGUGCUGGUUGGUUUUGGUUCCUUUGCCAGGUGAGCUGUUGCUGCCUGUUUCCAUUCUUUAUGCUAAUCUAACUGUGUACUAGCUACAGUUUUAGGUUUAAAUGAUAUGACUCCUCCAUCACUUCACCUGCAAGCGAAUAAGCACGUUUGCCAAAAUGACAAACUAUUGCUUUAUUUUAAAUGGUUUGAAUUUGCAAAUAACUGGAUAUAAAUAUACAAUAUAUUUAUGAUUAAUACUGUGACUAUGAUUGUAGCCGAUACACACCACUAUAUAUUAUGACACUGGUAUCUGUUGUGAGUGUUUGCAUUUAAUAAGUGGGAGAUGGAAGAAGCAAGGGAAAGUUCAAAUGAAAGACGCUGUUUAUCUUUCUUAGUCCACGUGUUUGCCUGUUUACAUUAAUUUCACAACUUUAAAGCCUGAAAUGAAAACCACUGCUUAUCCGGACCCAUCUAGCUGGUUUAUGUAAAGGAUUCUUUUAAUUGCACACUGUUUUGUUUUUUUUAACCUGUAUCUGUUUGUCAAAAUCUGGAAAUAUCCAUGUCUAAUAGUAUAACUUCAAAUGUUGUUUGUUCUUUGUGUUGUAAAAUGAUGUUCUACCAUUUCACUGAUUAAACAUUUUGUACUUUUUAUCCACGUAGCUCCUCAAAUAUCUUCAUUUUGUCCUCUUUAUACCACUGUACACAUUUGACCUCUUGAUUCAGUGGGAAUUAUCAUAUGGUCUGCGUUUGCGUCAUGUUAUGAAGAGAAAUUGUAAAUAUUUUGCUGUAAAUGUUCAGAUUCUUUCAUAAUUUAUAGUGAUUAUUUGGUGCUUUUUAUAAAUAAAUAAAAAUACAAUUUUGCUUCUCAA